AAGCAAGUGCGUGCACGUAGACCAUACCUCUAUUCAUCCUCUAUUCAUAAGAUAAAAUCCACUCUUCUUAAUUCAUGAAAUCUCAAAUCUCACAACCAUUCUGUUAAAACAAGUAUGAUACUCUGGCCAUUAAAAAUGUUGUUUGGCAAGAAAAAACGCAAAAAAGUACGAUCCCCAAAGCCGACGAUUAAGGGUGUUUUGACAGCGUUUUUUGCCACCACAGCCGCAGUAUUCCUCUUGUUGCUGGCCGGUCUAUCCCUAGUUGGCACAGCCGUGGCAUUAGCAGCCUCCAUGCCGCUAUUCCUUGUAUUCAGCCCGGUUCUCGUGCCAGCGGGUAUUACCGCCACUGUUCUUGCUUCAGGUUUAAUGGCUGGAGGCACCUCAAGUGUGACGGUUCUCACCAUCUUAAUUUGGCUCUACAAGAAAAUUACUGGGAAGGACCCGCCAAAAAUUCCAGGAUUGAUACCAAGUGGAGAUGCACCGACUGGAGCUACACCAAGUGGAGAUGUACCGGGUGGUGCUACACCGGGUGGAGCUACACCCGAUGGAACUUUAUCGGGAGGAGAUGGAUCAGGUGGAACUGCAUCGAUUGGAGCUGCUCCAGCUGGAGAUACAUCAUCAGUUGGAGGCGCACUUGGUGGAGAUGCAUCCAGUGGAGCCCCACUGACUGGGGAUGCAUCGGGUGGAGCCACAUUGACCGGAGAUGCCUCGGGUGGAGCCACACCGGCUGGGGAUGCAUCGGUUGGAGCCGCACCAGCUGCAAAUGCAUCGGGUGGAGCCGCACCAGCUGCAAAUGCAUCGGGUGGAGCCGCACCGGUUGGAGAUGCAUCAUUAGGAGCUGCACCUGUUGGAGAUGCAUCAGGGGGAGCUGCACCGACUGGAGGUGCUUCACCAGCGCCAUCAUUUAUACCAUCAUUUAAACCGGCAUCUAAACCAUCAAUUAAACCGGCAGUUAAACCAUCAGUCAAACCUGCAGCUAAACCAUCAGCAAAAUCAGCAGCUAAACCGAAAACUAAGUCGACAACAAAACCAUCAGCUAAACUGAAGUCAACAACAAAACCAUCAGCUAAACCUACAGAUAAGGCAACAACAAAACCAGUAGUUAAGCCAACAACAAAACCAUCAGCUAAAGCGACAGCUAAAUCAAAAGCUAAAGCUAAAGCUAAACCUAAACCUAAACCGACAACAAAACCACCAGUUAAACCGGCAGCAAAAUCAGCAAGUAAAUCAGCAGCAAAACCAGCAGCUAAUACGACAACAAAAGUGGCAUCUAAACCGACAGCUAAACCCGCAUCUAAAGCUAAACCGAAAAAAUGAAAAGAAAAAAAAAACAGAUGUAAGGGAUAAUAUGGAAAAGUUAAAUAUAUAAUCAUUGGAAAAUAUCGAAAAAUAAAUCUAUUGAAUCAACCUUUGUUCGUGUU